CCUGGCCUGACAAGCCACCUGAGACCCAGCCAACAGAGAUUGCUGAUUUCUUCCUGGAGCAAGAGAUCCCCUGUUGCUCAGCAUGGCUCAGACCAGCACAUGCUUCAUCCUCCUCUCCUGCCUGACAUUCCUGUCUCUGAGCCAAGGCGAGGAGAUCCACACAGAGCUGCCCAAAGCCCGGAUCAGCUGCCCGGAAGGCACCAAUGCCUAUCGCUCCUACUGCUACUUCUUUAAUGAAGACAAAGAGACCUGGACUAAUGCAGAGCUCUACUGCCAGAACAUGCAUUCCGGCAACCUGGUGUCUGUGCUCACCCAGGCAGAGGGUGCCUUCGUGGCUUCCCUGAUUAAGGAAAGCAGCACUGGGGACUGCAACGUCUGGACUGGCCUCCAUGACCCUAAGAAGAACCGCCGCUGGCACUGGAGCAGCGGGUCCCUGGUCUCCUACAAGUCCUGGGACACUGGAGCCCCAAGUAGUUCCAAUCCUGGCUACUGUGCCAGCCUGACUUCAAGAUCAGGAUACAAGAAGUGGAAGGAUGAGAAUUGUGAGUCAACAUUCUCCUUUGUCUGCAAAUUCAAAAACUAGAGGCAGCUGGGAAAUAAAUAUCUACAACUGGUCCUGCAAUUA